AUGCCAACUUCAAUUGCACAGUCAAAGCCCAUCGAGGUGGUUAACCCUAAUGUCAUCCCCUUCGCGAAUCCAACAAGUGUUUCAGACACGUCUCACUGCCUUACUUCAGCCUCGGUAGAUGACAAAACAUCACCGGCACAAAAGUCUGUGGCUGUCAUCGGCGCAGGAGUGAGCGGUGUCUUAGCCGCCGCUCAUCUCCUGAGGCGCAACCAACGCGUAACCGUCUUCGAGAGAUCCUCAUCCGCUGGGGGAAUAUGGCGAUAUAUCGAGGAUCAACCAGAAGACCCCGAAUAUCCUGUCACUCUGGCUGCGGAAAGUUCUUCUGAGGUCUUUCCAGAUAGACUUUCCUCAAGAACAACCACACUACGGACAGAGAAAGGCCUGACUCGGAAAACGUUCGCACCACCAGGGCCUUGCUACGCAGGCCUCCGCAGCAACAUCCCAACCUAUCUCAUGAGGAGUUCUCUAUCUGCCUGGCCCGAAAGUGCUGGCCGCGAUGUGGUUCCUCAUCACUUGGUCAACAACUACAUUCAAGGGCUUGCACAAGAUUUCGGCGUGAAUUCUGUAACUGAAUUCAACACGCGCGUGGAAGAAGUUAUUAAACCAGAAGGUCAAAGUCAAUGGCAGGUUCGAACUCUUCGAAUCGAUAACAAGAGCACAAAAGAUACAGAGCCUACAUUCUUCGAGGAGCAGCACUUGUUUGACGCUGUCGUUAUCGCGUCUGGUCAUUAUGACAUACCCUUCAUCCCCAAGAUCCCAGGGCUGAGUACAUUGAAGAAACAAUUCCCCGAAAGAGUCACCCAUUCCAAGCAGUAUCGUCAUCCGGAGACUUUUGCUGGCCAGAAUGUUGUCGUCGUCGGUGGCCGGGUGUCGGCCGUCGACAUAUGUCGUGAGUUGGACGGCAUCUCCGCCAAGACGUAUCAAAGCGUGCGGGAGAGCACGGAAACCUUCAAUUUCAACAUUCUCGGCGAUCAAACAAAGCAGAUAUCGGAGAUAGAUCACAUUGUCCUCAAGAACCAGGUUUCUGCAGACGAGACAGUUCUGGAACAAAACAAUGUUCUCCCGGUACAGCUCCAUCUGAAGGAUGGUCGCGUCUUGGAUGGCGUACACGCCAUCAUCUUCGCCACCGGAUAUCAGCUCACAUAUCCAUAUUUGAGAUCUUUUGAAGUUCCUCCAGAUCAGGUGACUCGGACGUCACUCGUCGAAUCCACGAAGUCGACAGUCCACAACCUCUACAAGGACACAUUUUACAUUCCUGACCCAACUCUGACUUUCGUUGGCACGCCAUUCGAUAUUGUCACGUUCGCCUGCUUCGACUAUCAAGCCCAGGCAAUCGCCCAAGUGCUCUCAGGUGCUGCGGCUUUGCCGAGCCACGAUACUAUGCGGGCUGAGUACGAGACGCGACUGACAGCCAAAACUGCUAGCAGGCAGUUCCACAGUUUGCGAGGCAGUGAGAUCGAAUAUGUUCAAGGUCUGGUUGAUUGGCUCAAUAGUGAAGCUGAUCGUUUAGGAGUAAAGGGACAACACAUAGAGGGAUAUUCGAAGGAGUGGAUCGAAGGAUACUGGAUUUUGCAGAAGAGGGUGUCGGCAGCUCUGGGGUUGCAGGACCCCGCGCAAUUGGAGACAUAG